GUGGGGUCCCCGGGGCACUCCUCGGCUGCCCCCCGGCUGCUCCCGGCACGUGACGCGCGACCGUCGCGACGGAGGCCGCCGCAGGUGGCAUCGCAGGGCUCGCCUCUCCAGUCGGUUUCCUCCAGGAAGCCCACCUGGAUUGAAGGAGACAGCAUACGAUCCAGAGAUUGUGUCCUGGGUGAUGGAAGUUCCCAGCAGCCAAAUCUCUGAAUGAGGCACACAGCAUGGCUGAAAACCGAGAGCCCCGCGGGGCGGUCGAGGCUGAGCUGGACCCGGUGGAGUAUACCCUUCGGAAGCGGCUUCCCCACCGCCUGCCCCGGAGGCCCAAUGACAUUUAUGUCAACAUGAAGACUGACUUUAAGGCCCAGCUGGCCCGCUGCCAGAAGCUUCUGGACGGAGGGGCUCGGGGUCAGAACUCAUGCAGUGAGAUCUACAUUCAUGGCUUGGGCCUGGCCAUCAACCGUGCCAUCAACAUUGCCCUACAGCUUCAAGCGGGCAGCUUCGGGUCCUUGCAGGUGGCUGCCAAUACCUCCACCGUGGAGCUCGUCGAUGAGCUGGAACCAGAGACUGACACACGAGAGCCGCUGACCCGCAUCCGCAACAACUCGGCCAUCCACAUCCGUGUCUUCAGGGUUACCCCCAAGUAAUCGAAAUGAGGGUGGGCACCUUAUCCACCCACCCCCACAUAGGUAGGCUCAGAUAUUGGCUCUUCUUGUACUGAAUACAGUCAUGGACCUCCUACCAGAGCCACGUAAGAAAAACCCUAUUACCUUACAGCCCAGAGGACUCUGAAUGGAGAAGAAGAGUAUUGUCUCUUGUUGGGCCCAAGCAGUGGGUCUUCCUGAGUCUAUGAUCUGUAACCAUUGUCAGAGACAAUAAAAACUAUCCAGCUGUGUUAGUAUGCAGCCACCCCACUGCCA